AUGGAGCUCGAAAAAGAGAGUACCAGCAACAGUAGCAAUACUAGUGCGAGAAGCGAUAGCAGUGUAGCCGGCACUGAUUUAGUCAUAGCAGCUGUUAGAGCAGAGACAGCUGAGGGCAUCGAAGACCCUUCUGAAUCUGAGACUAGUGGCAAGUUUGAGAGUAGUAAUGGAGGUAGCGGAUCAGCUGAGGAGAGUGGUGGGAAGGGUGAAUCAAGAGUAGCUGCUGCAGCAAUCGCUGGAGACUCGCCGGGCUCAGAUCCAAUAGGAUGGGCCGUUGACAAGCUACUCAGCCGUAUAGUUGAGGAGAACAGCACUGAACAGCUCAUCGCCCUCUUGUCCGAGAUGACAAAGAAGGCCUUAAUUUUACAACAUCAACUCGAGUUAAGCAGCACACGUAAUGAUGAGUUACUGAAGGAGAUUGAGCAACUGAAGAGAAAUCUCGAUGAGGAAAGGGGGAAAUUCAGCGCAGCAGAACCCCCGUCACCGCCUCCUCCAGUGGGUUCAAUUGUUUAUGAUGGUGAAUUACCCUCGGACGGACGGGAUGGGAGUUCCCCGUCUGUGGGUGCGGUACCGCAACUAAAUGAAAUUUAUGAAAAACAUCACAUUGACCGAGAGGUUCGGGAUAUGCUGCGGAAUUCACGUAAAAUAAGGAGACCGGAGCAGCGGCAGAUGGUUAUUGAUCUGUUCCUCGAAAAGGUUGGUCACGAGCAGGGCAAGGACGUGUUGGCUGCGUUAAAGGGACUCACUGAUUCUACUAAUAGCGAAUCCAAGUCGGCGGCGACGGGUGAUGCUAGAACAAACGACGAUGAGAAGGAGGAUGGCGAUGAUGAUAAUGAUGACUGCCGUAUUAAUGGGGUUCACUCGACCAAGUCGAUGCUGCUCUGGUUGGGAGACAGUAGCAAGAAUCAGAACAACAACGAGAACUCAGUGGCUCAGCGCUCCCUAGCUGCUCUGGACGAUCGACUACUUGCGGCACAUUCUAAGGCAUUAGAUGCUUACGUCAAUUGUGUGGCGCGUGAUGUCAAGGCCACCGCCGGCAGCUCAGAACGGGCGUGUCGGCGAGAUGCUAUGGGCAUAUUCGAUAGCGUAGCCGCUGAGGGAACUGUGGGGAUGGGAAAGGAGGCCGAAACGCUGGUGAAAUCUGCUCGGAAACUACUGAAGACCGGCCUGGAUAUGCUACAGGGUGAAGUAAAUCAGCUGAGGCUGGCAGCGCAGGCCGCUAAUGAUGAGCAACGACAAGCCCUGGCCUGGAUAGGGGAGAUGGCACAGCGAUCGAAAGAUCGUGAGAAUGUCCCAAGGUCAACGGGCGUUCGGCUUCGCGGAGACUCCUUCAAGAAAGGCGGCGUCAAGGAUGCCAUAAGCAGUAUAUUGGGGAGCAUUGAAGUGAAGAGCCCGGGUGGAGGUGCCCGGUUCGAUUCUGGGGGAGGGGAAAAUGGCAAGUCUAUUUUAGAAUUGAUUGGGAAGUCUGCUCAGGACGCUGGGCCCUCCCUGACUUUUGAGUGGUCUGUUGCUGCCGCCCAACGUGGUCACCCUGAGAGCAAGUCAGAGAAGCGAAGACGCCUUAGAUCGUUGGGCAUCCUGGCCGGCCUCGUUUAUGGAUGUGGACUAUUGGUCACCAGCGUCGCUCCACUGUGGUUGUUUGGCUCGAAUGACAAUUCCGAUUGGACUCGUCCAGAAAUGGUCACAAGCUCUUCGGUGGGAGGUGAAGUAUCUGGAGAGCUCAGGGACUUCCUCAAUGAUCCUCUAGUCAAUACAGACCGCGAACAGACUUGGCAGCAUAGAUACAGUCACAAGCAACUCGGUGAUCUCACGCUUACUGGUAAUGACAAGGACGAGUGGGCAGCCAACUACCUCUACAAUCUACCCGGCAAAGGACUUGGUGCUAUCGAGGGCGCCUUGAACAGCGAUCAGCAACUCGCUUUACAGUAUUCCAAUGCGAUUCCGGAUGGCACAUUGCGCGGUACAGCAGGGUGGUCUAGCAACGACGGCUACUUUGGAAAACUCUCUAAGCUGUGGAAUGGCGGCAAUGGGAAAGCAGCUAGAUAUGACAUCGCAGGCAGUACCAAUAAUGGGGAGCUGAAACACCAACUUCAGGCCCAGUGGGCGAGAGAUAACGAUAGGGCUGAAGCGGGCAUUCAAGCUCCCAUCACUAAUCCUUAUGGCUUCCUGUCCAAGUCUGGUGCUGAAAAAUUCAACCCUGACUGGUACACCUCUUACAGUCGCUCCCUCGUCGAUGGUGGCUAUGACGCGAAGAACCCAUUUGGCAUUGAGGGAGGUGCCCGCCUCUCUUCUGGUGGCGAACUGGAAGGACGCCUCACCGCACGAGCCAAACCGAUCGAUAGUGUUGAUGCCGAAUACCAUGUCAGUGCGCGAACUCGUCCUGAUACUUCUAAGGGCUUAUGGGGUUGGUUGACUGGCUUCGGAAAAUCGCCUGUAGAGCUGGAGCACAACGCACAGAUACAAUAUUCGAACGCCCCUGGGAGCGUUAUGUAUGCGAAUUACGAGAAGCGAGAUGGUUCCGCUGGGCAUUUACGUCUAGGUUAUGGUAUGACAAGUGAUGAUUCCCAGUAACGCAGGAAAGUGGGAGUUGAAGCAAGUUCCUAAUAUCACACCA